AAUGGACAGCGAGGGAUGAUGCAUCUCAGGAUGAGUGAUUGAGUGUGCACAGAGCUCGCCGUCAACGUUUUUUGCGCGCUGGCAGGGGCAGACAGCGGCAAGGCGACGGUUUAAGUGCCCGACCCUGCACCUCAAAAACCCGCUAGGCCAGCUUGGCUCUGACCACCGCGACCCCCUUUCAGUCCAGUGCGUAUCCGUCGCUCCUCGUCGUCCACGACGUUCUGGAGCCCAGAAGCUUUACCGUUGAUCGCUAUAUGUCCUGCUGAUCGCCUCUGCAGCUUUGAUUGCCACGGUUCCGAAACAAUCUCGGGGGAUUCGAAAAGUACGUUCUCUGCGUGGGUUGCACACGUUGUCUUCACCCUGGUCUUCACGGCAGUCUUCACGGCACUCUGAACCCUCAUCGCGGCUCGCAAGCUACAUCUAGGGUCUCGAGCCAGACGCAUGCUGAUUGCGUGGAUUGCUAGCGGCCGCACACACGCGAGUUCACUGUUUCUCUUUCCACCGCUACCGUGAGCCUCGUCCUUCCUGAGGUGGUACCAACAACAUCCCGGCUUCUCUCGUGCUUCUCUCUGCGCUUCUCAUGGAUCCAACCGCUUCACACUAUUCGCACCCAAUGCCGUCGGGCGGGGACCAUUACUCCUCUCAGCAGCAACAGUCUCAACAACAGCAGUCUCAAUGGUCCGCUACCCCGCAUCUCCUUCCUCCGACUCAUAACCAGUCUUCCUUCCCGUCCCCGUCGUCUCCCUCUACGUCCCUCGGCGACCACCAUUAUCCUCCAUUCUAUUCUCAGUCCCAGCAACAAGCUCCUGGACAGUCUGGGCUGAACGACGGCGGUAUGGUCGACAGGUCCUCCACAGCGCUAUCUCUCAACCUCUCCUCCUUAUCGGUCACCUCCCCUACCAAUCUUUCCCCUAUACACCCGUCCCCACAUCCAGGGUCACAUAUGUCUCCGCUCACACCCAUCAGUCCGUCCAAUGCGCAAUUGCACCACCAAAACGCACUCUCACCGCAUCACCAUCAUCAUCACGCGCAUAUUCACCAACAGCAACCCUUCCAGUUCACACCUCCUGAACACGGCGGCGGCGGAGUACGUUAUGAUGAUCCUCAAUAUGAGCCCUAUGGUUCGACACGGCGUCUCACAAGCAGCCGCUCUUCAUCCUCCUCGGAAAAAUCCGUACCGAGAAAGAGAAGUUUCACGACCACCGGAGGUACUCCUCUCCCAAACGCUGUGAAUGAGGAAAACGCCCCGACGCCAGUUUCUGGCAAUUACGAUCACGCCGGCUCCAACAUGGACACGUCUCCCUACGACGAAGUAGAUAUGAACUAUGGCGGUUUAGACGCUGAGGGUAGUCCGGUGGACGGAAGUACCAGUGGUGGGGAACAAGACGAUCAAGCGAAGGCUAUGGAGGGGCAGGUUCCGUCCAACGCGUCGGCGACGCCUACCAUUCCUGGACAGGUCAAUGUCCUUGGAAAGCCGCUUGGGACGAACAAUUUUGUGACGAAGCUGUAUCAGAUGAUCAACGACCCAAAAUCCGCUCAGUUCAUAAGCUGGACGGAACUUGGUACCAGUUUUGUUGUUUCGAAUGUCGGAGAGUUCAGUCGGACCAUUCUUGGUUCUCAUUUCAAGCACAACAACUUCUCAAGCUUCGUCCGACAACUGAACAUGUACGGUUUCCACAAGAUCAAUCGUACCCCGCGUGCUCAGCGCACCUCAACUGACGUUCAGACUUGGGAGUUUUCUCAUCACAAGUUCCUUCGUGGGCGACCCGACCUGCUGGAAGAAAUCAAGCGCAAAGCGCUCGAACCCGACCCUUCCAUCAAGCACCGGGUCGAGCUCCCAGGCGAAGUAGCGGCUCAACUGACUCAGAUGAGGGACGAGAAUAGGCGGUUGGUGCAUGCAGUCAACACGGAGAGGAAUAAGGUCGAUCGCUUGGUGAAUAUCACCAAAGCGUUGUAUGACGUCUUCUCCAAGACGUUCCCUGGCGCCCUUCCGCCUAACUUUCCUCAGGACUUGCUAGAUUCGAAUGACAGCCCUAACAUCUUAGUCACAUCACCUACGAACCCUUUGCCGCAUCAACAUCACUCUCAUUAUCCUUCUCUGGGGUCUCUGUCUAGUAACCCUUCUCUGCACUCGCUGCACUCGCUCAGCCCUAGCUCCAGCCCAACAGCCGCUGAGUUCCCUUCUCAUACUCAUACUCCCAAUACCCUCUCUCGUCAACAAUCCUAUCAACAUAUGCCGCCAACAUACGAGAUGCAUCCACAUGGGCAUAUGCCCCACGGGGUCUCAACCGCAAGGUACGAGACUGCUCUUUCUACACCCUUGCCGCCUUCCCCCGGUCCAGGGGGGUUGGAUCCUUUUGGUGGUGACGACUCACAAGGGCGUGGUAGUGCCAAACGUCAACGAACUGCGCCGAAUUCGGCUACCGACGAAACCGGUGCUAGUGCCAACAAUUUGGUAUCGAAAAAAGGAUCCCGUGCGAGAAGUGAUUCUGCCCCAUUGGGUUAUGGGUUCGGAGGUCAGUGGCAGCAAGCGAAUAGACCUAGGAGUGGAAGUGGGCUGGGUGCUAGGGCUUUGGGGAGACGGGAGGAGAGCGUCACCAACAUUGGCGCCUUGAGCAGAGGAGCUUUGCCGAUGCUCUCCAUUCCAGGGGCGAAGCAGGGGUCGAGCUAAGGUGUGAAGCUGCGAUAUAGAUGGUACGGUCUCGAUUGCUCGGUAUGCUUGUUAUCGUUCGUCUUCGCUUUCUUCUUUUUCGCGCUCUGCACCUAAGAUUGAAUGAAGAGAUACCCAUGCUGGUCGUUCCUCUUUCUUGACGGACCUCUUCUCUCUCUGUUUGGCUGGUUUGCCUUGUCUUUCUCCCUCCACUUGCGAUACGCUUCCAAAUGUGUUGUACCAGUUUCUAGUGCUCCUGCAUAUCUUUGAUUCCCCCCUUUUUCUCGUACAUACCAUUUUCGCUGCAUCUCUUCUCUUCAACCUUUUUUCUUUUUCUUCUUCUGUUGUUUUAGCUCUACACUCAAACCGUUACCCCAUGCACUCAUACCACCCAACAAUCAUCAUCACAAAUGCCUUUUCAUUUACACACAUACCUGUAAAAAAUUGCUUCACAUCCUCCGCUCCAAUCCUGGCUACCUUUCACUUGUUGCUGUGACGUCCUUGUUCUCCCCGCGCGUUCAACAUUGACAUUCUUCCUGGGGUUGCCUGCUGCUCUGUUUCUCUCUUCUUUUUCUCCCCUUUGGGUACUUUGCUGUCUCUUUUUCCGUUCCCUUGUCAAUAUAGAGUGUACAAAUAUCCGUGUUCAUCCGUUCUCAAUUGCAGAUCAGAAAAAUAAAGGAACAUGGGGUUUAUGUAUGUAUUCAAAGCGACGUCCAUGGAUACAUACACGCCGUUCAACGUUGUCCCU